UUGGGUGUAUUUCCUGGUGCCGCAAGCAUUCGGUGUGUACACACUGAAGCGCGUGCACACGGCGACAAACUUGGUAGUCAGUCUGCGGAUUGCAGCGAAUUCGCUCAUUUGAAAAAAAUAAAACAUGGCUGGAAGAGGUGGUUAUGAACACGCUAGAGGAGGAUUUGGAGGCGAGCGCCAUGUGAGGCAACUGCCAACGGAACCGCCCUUUAUUGCGUACGUGGGUAACUUGCCCCAGGGUCUCGUCCAAGGCGAUGUCACCAAAAUAUUCAAAGACUUUGAGGUGAAGAAUGUGCGUCUGGUGAAGGAUCGUGAAACGGAUAUGUUCAAAGGCUUCUGUUAUGUCGAAUUUGAGACGCUGGACAAUUUGGAACGUGCUCUUGAGUGCGACGGUCGCAUCAAACUGGAUGAUCUUUCGGCCCCGCUACGCAUAGAUAUUGCCGAUCGAAAGAAAAAUGAACGCCCUGGUGGCGGCAACGGCGGCGGCAUGAGCCGUGACGGCGGUCGCGAUGGCUUCCAGAAACGCGGACCACCACGUCAAGGCGGCAGCAGUCAAUCGUAUAGCCGCGGCGGUCCCGGCACCGGCGGCGGUCGCGAAGCCGGCGGCGGCUCUGGUAAUCGCGGCGAUAGUAGAGGUUCGUACAAUGAUAAUUAUGGUGGUCACAGUGAUAGAAGUCGUGGCGGCGCCAGCUCCGGCAUGAAUAGAGGAUAUAAUGAUCGUCCACUGAAUCGUGGUCGUUAUGGAAACUUUAACAACGAUGAACGCUUUGAUCGCAAUCAGGAUCGUGAUCGUGGCCAGCGUGAGGGCAGCUAUGGCAAUCAGUCCCGCGAUGGCGAUCGCUACAACAACUUCAGCCGGCAUCGUGACCGUGAGCGUACCCACUACAAUCCAAACCAGCAACCUGAACGUCCCAGUGGCGUUGCAAUGGGCGCCGUCGCGGUUCCAGAUGAUACGGAACGGCCACGCCUGCAGCUGAAGCCAAGAACUAUUGCGGCACCUAUUAAUGCGGUCGCCGAAACCAAACAAUCGGCCUCAAUUUUCGGCAAUGCCAAGCCGCGUGAGGAGAAGCUUAAGGAGCUACAACAGAAUGUCAAUCACAAUGGCGAUAACUAGAAGAUGGAUCUGGUGUUUGUAAUAUGCCGUAAAUGAUAUUUAACAAAAACAGAAAAGAUAAAAAAAACACAAGCAACAAACAUUAAAAAAAAUAACAGCAAAAAGAUGAUAAAGAAUGUAAACACAACAACAAAACUUUUAGGGGCAUAUAUGAUGAUUAUAUUGAGAGCGGCAUAUAUAUAUAUAUAUAUAUAUAUAUAUAUAGAUAUAUAUGAAAAGAAGAAAUGCUGCAAAGAGGAGGACUUAAAAAAAAAAAACAAAAAACGAAAAAACCAGAAAACAAAACGAAAACAAACAUAAUUAAUAACUACGCUAUAUACCUAUUAUAUAAAUAAAAGCUAUGUACUAUGCAUAUAUAUAAAAUAUAUAUAUAUAUAUAUAUAUAUAUAUAUGUAUGUGUGUAUAUAUAUAAAUAUAUAUAUAUAUAUAUUUAUACAAAACGCUUGGCUGGCCCUUCCCUGUCAGCCGAAGCAACAAAUGCAAACUUAACAAGAGGAAGAAGAAGAAUAAGAAGAACGGUAACAGCAACAUCAACAACAACAACAAAUAGUUACAAAUAACAAAUUGACAGCCACAAAAACCAUAUGAAUAUAUAUAUAUCCAUCUAACUCGAUGCGCAAUGUUGACAAACAACUGGAGCAACAACAACAACAACAAACAAACAAACAAACAGUAACAACAACAACAACAAUGGAAAGUCUUUAAAUGUUAGUCCUUAAGCAGCGAUAAAGUUAGAGCCGUGCAUGUAUUUGCGCGAUGCUAUUUGUUAGUUAAGUAAUGCAUAUAUAAACAAACAUAACAACAACAACAAAAUAACAAAACCGAAAACAAAAACGUUCUACCAUAUAAGUAAAAAAGAAAACAAAACAAAAAACAAAGCAAAAACUGAUUUAUAAAAACGACAAAAAAAAAAAUAUACAAAAACAAACAAAAAUGCAAACAACAACUACAAUUUGACAAGCGUUUAGCGUUAGCAGGCAGACAGGCAGGCAGUUUAUACAGUUUAUAUAGCAAAACACAAGAAAAAACGAAAAAAAUGAAAAAAAUAUUAAACAAAAAAAAAAAAACCGAUUUGCAGUGAAAAACUAAACACCAACUAAGUACGCAUUACAAUGGAAAUCUAAAACAGAAAAGUAAACAGCAUAUUUAUAUAUAUACAUAAAUUCAAUAUAUAUCUAUAUAUAUAUUUAAAGCUAAACUUGUGUAAACCAUGCAAAGCAAAUGUACAAUUUGUAAUUCGCGAUGUUCAGUAUAAGACCACAGUUUCUUUUUCCUUUUCUCUCUCCCAUUCUUUUGUUUUGUAAUAAUAUUUUUCUAGAUUUUUAAAAUUAAAACUUUUUGUUGAUUUAUUUUCGUAAUAUUCUUGUUGUCGGCUUCAAUUUGGCGCAAUAUUCCCACUGACUGACAGAACUGAUCUAGGGAGGGGCGACGUCGGCGGCAUUGAUAAAAAAA